AUGUCAGCCACUAGUACUGUUCCUUCAGAUAUAGCAUCAACAUCAGCAUCCACUCCUGCAAUGUCAGCCACUAGUACGGUUCCUUCAGAUAUAGCAUUAACAUCAGCAUCCACUCCUGCAAUGUCAACCACUAGUACGGUUCCUUCAGAUAUAGCAUUAACAUCAGCAUCCACUCCUGCAAUGUCAGCCACUAGUACGGUUCCUUCAGAUAUAGCAUCUACAUCAGCAUCCACUCCUGCAAUGUCAACCACUAGUACGGUUCCUUCAGAUAUAGCAUUAACAUCAGCAUCCACUCCUGCAAUGUCAACCACUACCACUAGUACGGUUCCUUCAGAUAGCAGCAUCAUCAGCAUCCCUGCAAUGUCAACCACUAGUACGGUUCCUUCAGAUAUAGCAUUAACAUCAGCAUCCACUGCUGCAAUGUCAACCACUAGUACGGUUCCUUCAGAUAUAGCAUUAACAUCAGCAUCCACUCCUGCAAUGUCAACCACUAGUACGGUUCCUUCAGAUAUAGCAUCUACAUCAGCAUCCACUGCUGUCAAUGUCAGCCACUAG